AUGGUAUCCUUUCAAUGCGAUGGUUGCUCCGAUGUCGUCAAAAAGCCAAAACUUGACCAACACAGAUCUCGUUGCCACUCCUCAUUUACAUGCAUCGACUGUAGUACCACGUUCGAAGGUCCUGCACAAUACAAAGGCCAUACUUCCUGCAUAAGCGAAGCCGAGAAAUACCAAAAGUCUUUGUAUAAGGGACCCCGAACCGGUAACCGUGACGGUCGAAGCGGUCCGAAUGGUCGUCCAAAAGGCAACCCCAACGAGGACACUACGUCCAACGAAGUAUCAGCUGCUGUCGAUGGAGGAGCAGAACCCGUCGAAAAUAAUACCAAAGGGCCUGGUAAGCACCCGAGCAUUCAUCCUUCUCGAGAGCAAGCAAUUGCACAGUCCGCACCAUCUGGAUACGGACGAGGCGGUGGUGGAUACGCCCCGAAUGGUCGCGAUCACGGCCGUGGUGCAGGCCGUGGGGGAGGAGGGUAUGGAUAUGUCAGGACCUCUGCAACAGGUGCUAACGACACACCCCUUGGGACGCCUACACGUAUGUCUCCCGCGACUUUCACACCGCCAGAGCCUGUAUCCGCACCUGCGCCCGUUGAGCCCACGAAGACUGAGGUGAACGGUACGGGAAAGGAGAAGAAUUCCAAGAGGAAGAGUGAGGCAGUUGUAACGAACGGUGACGAACCGCAGAAAAAGAAAUCCAAGACUUUGAGACCGGAUCAUGCUCCCGCAGAGUCCUCAUCUGGAUCAUUAUCCACUGCCCCUGCUGCCGAAGUCGCCAACGGCACGUCAAAGAAAUCGAAGAAGAAGUCGAAGGUGUCGGAGGCCGAGCAGGAGGAUGUUUUGGUGUCCGCUGCGACCGGGGUGGAAGAGGCGAAGACUAAGAAGUCGAAGAAGGAUAGGAAGGCGACGGAGGGCGAUCCGGAGAUCCAGGCUACACCAGUUGAAGCUGCAGUGGAGGAGAUUGGAGACGGUACAAAGAGUAAGAAGGAGAAGAAGAAAAAAGAUAAAAAGGUAAAAGAGGCAACGGAUGAAGGCGCAGCAGGAGAUGAUAAAUCGGAGAAGAAAAAGCGGAAGCGGGACGGAGAGAAAACGGCGGAGACCACAGAGGAGAAGGAGAAACGGAAGAAGGAGAAAAGGGAGAAAAAGAGGAGAUCUUCUGCUACAACGGAGGCAUGAUCUGGAACUUCUCCAAUCCUUUCCUCUUUGUUUUCUCCGUGAUUGUUCAUGUUCCUCGCUGUCUUGGAUGUUUCUCGAGCUCUUCCAGUGCUUUCUAUGAUUGUUUUGCCUGUGAUAUGUAUCAGCAAAUCUUGAUGUAUGGGCUCAAUGUCUAUCUUUGC